AUGCGAAAUUCAUUGGCACUUUUAGGCACUUUGUGCCUGUGGAUGGCCGCGGCGAAUGCACAGGGAUUUAUUCCACCCAAUGCUGGCAUACAUAAUGGCCCGCCGCCACCGUUGCCUUUUCAGAAUGCGCAUCGCCGUCAACUGAAUCUGCAGCACCAAUACAACCAACAGAACUUUGUGCAGCCAGGCGUGGAGGUGCCCAUACCAGCGCAACAGCGCCCGCAGCACUUGCACCACCAUCAUCAUCAUCAACAGCAGCAGCAGCAGCCGCAGCACCACCAGCAGGCACAUCGCUUCGCGCAGCAAUACCCGCAGCAGCCGCAGCAACUACCCCACAACAAUCUGCAAUUCCAGCGCUCCACGCAAAACCAACUGCAAACUGCGCCACAAUAUCCACAAGCGCCACAACAGCAGCAGCCGCAGCAGCAGCAGCAGCAGCAUCAACAGCAACAGUUGCCCUCAGCUGGCAGCAAUCUUGACCUGCAUCAUCAGAACUUUUUGGAUUUGCGCAACUUUGCCAGCUCGCAGCAGCAGCAGCACCAGCAGCCCCAACGCCACAAACAUUUCCCCGAUGGACGCCUGCAAUCUACGGCUUUUCCAGCUCAGGCUUAUCAGCAACAGCAGCAGCAACAGCAGCAAUUUGCUUACCAGCAACCAGCAGCCCAACAGUUUGGCCAGCAGACCACACAGAAGCUGCCCAGUCAGGCGCCCGUGCCGACCUUCCAGACGCUGCAGCAGCCGCAGCAGCAAUCCCAGUUCAACUAUCAGCAACAGUCUUUGGCAAAACAGCAGCAGCAACAGCAACAGCCGCAGCAGCAGCAGCAAUAUCAGUUGACGCCACAGCUGGGUCUGCCACUGCCGCAAAUCUUUAACAACCUGCCCUCCACUCCGUUCCCUGCGCAACCCUCACGUGAGACCUACCAGCAACAGCAGCAGCAGCAGCAGCAGCCCCUGUUCCCACAGCAACAGCAUCAGUUCAUCAACAAUGCUCCGCAGGCACAGCCCGCCGAUCAGGAGUACAAGCAGAAGCUGAUACAAAAGCACGAGCAGUUCGUGGCCAAGCAGUAUGAGAAGUCGCAGCACAAGGUGCGCCAACAGCACGAGGAGUUCCUGGCCAAGCAGCAUGCCAUCAAGCAGCACGUGCUGCCGACUAUCAUCAGCCAGCACAACAACUAUCCACCGCAACUGCAGUAUGUGCAGCCGCCACGUGGCCGACCCGUUGCCCAUCCCACGGAGUACAAUCAGUUCAAUAGCGCGCUGCAGCAGUACUACAAGGAGCAUCCGACGACGACGACAACAACCACAACCACUACCACCACCACGGAGGCGAGCACCACACCCAAGAAGAACAUAUAUUCGCAGGUGAAAGCGGAGCUGGGCAAAUUCGGCAGCACGAAGCUGGGCAGCAAAAAGCCCGUGAAGACCAUUGCACGCGAGGAUCUGCUGAAGCAGCUGAAGGCGGCGCUGUCGGAGACACCGCAGCAACCGCUGACCGGCAACAAGACCUACGAUGAGAUGGAUCUGGUGCUGCCCAAUGGCCAGCGUGUGCAGGUCAUACGCACCACGGACCCGAAUCUGGUGCAGGGACAACAGGCCUAUUCACAGGAUCAGCUGCAGGCGCUGCUGGCCCAGCAGGCACUCGGCACCGACGCCAAACUAGGACUGAGCGAUGUGGCGCCCAGCAAGAGCAAGGAUCUGCUACUGCCCGGUGGUGGCAAGGUGCAAAUAUUGCGCUCACCCGAUCCCGAGGAAACGGAUCAGUUGCCCGCUCAAGCGCUGCCCGGCGGUGUCGAUUUGUCAAGCCUGGCGGCCUUGUAUGGCGGCGGUGCUGGUGAUAUUCAAGGCGUUAGCAAUGGCGCCAAUAGCAUUGCCAGCUCAGCGGUCAUAACCUCCGAUUCGGAUGAUCCGCCCACGCUCGAGGAGCUGGCCAAGCGUGGCCUCAUACCCGAUGGCUAUGAGAUUGAGGGCCUAAGCUCUGACUCGGUCAAGACAACGCCAGCACCGGCCACAGUGCCGCCCAAGAAGAAGGCCACCUAUGUCUAUCUCGAGGAGCAGGCCGAUGGCAGCUUCAAGAUACAGGGUGUCAAGGCCAACGGCGAGAAGGAGACCAAACAAACGGGCGCCGAGGUGGAAAGCAUUCUGGAGCGCAUACGCAGCGGCGAGAUUAAAUUGCCGCCUUCGGUUUAUCGCCUGACCUUGCCCAACGAUGAGGUUGUUGAGAUCAAGAGCGGCAAAAUUAUACAAACCACGACCACACGCGCGCCACCCAGCAGCACCACAGCCAGAGCAACCACUAGCACCAGCACGACCACCACACCAGCGCCAUUUGUCUCCCGCAACACGCCAAGCAAUCAUCGUCAGUAUCAUCCAUCGCGCACCACCACGAGUACCACCACAACCACAACUAGCACCACCAGCUCGCCCCGCUUCACAGCCAUUUAUGAGGGCACUAGCACCGCCAGCGCCGCAGCGGCUAGUCUUAUACGCACAACGCCAGCUCCCGUCUACCACUCCUCACCUGUCACCCCUUCGCCCUAUCUAAGCGGACCUGUAUCCACGCAUUUGCCGGUGGUAACGGAACGUCUGGCGGACAUAACACAAACGCCGGAGUUAUUGCCGCACACACCUCCCCAGUAUGCUGACGCUUUGGUGCAGGAAACGGAGAACACAGAGAAGGCUGCAUCUACGGGUGGCGCCUCGGUGCUGUCGAAUCCCAGUGAGGAUCUGCUGCAGAUACUCAAAAGCAAUGGACUCUUUGCCAUGGCUAAAUAUCUGCGCCAGAGCGGCCUGGACAGCAUACUCAACGAAACGGGUCCUUAUACCAUCUUUGUGCCUACGGACAAGGCAUUCAAGAAUCUGCUCGUCCAGCUAGGCGGACCCGAGCGUGCCGAGGAGAAAUUCCAGUCCAAUCCACGACUGCUGAGUGGUCUGCUUUUGCAUCAUGUCAUUCCUGGCGCCUUUGAGAUAGCCACGCUGCAGGAUGAGAUGACGGGCGUGUCCCUGGCUGGCACUCAGCUGCGCGUCAAUCAGUACAAUAUGCACGAUCAGGAGUGGAAUGAUGUCACUCUGACCACCAUUAAUGGAGCAAUGGUUGUGCUGAACAAGAAGGACAUUAAGAUACCGCAGGGUGUGGCCCAUGCAGUGGAUCGUGUGAUGUUCCCGCUGCCCGUGGGUGAUCUGCUGCAAACGUUGCAGUCGGAUCGCGAGGGUCGAUUCUCCAAUUUCCUGAAAAUACUCUACACCUCCGGCAUGUCCGAGAAAUUGCAGAGUAAAGGCGUCAAGACGUACACAGUAUUCGCACCGGUGGAUAAGAGCUUCAGCGAACUUGAUUCCGAUACGCUGGAGAAGCUCUAUACGGACAAGGAGGCCGCCGAAGAGUUCGCCAUGAAGCAUAUUGUGCCUGGUGCACUCUUCUCGGCCGGCAUGCGCUUCUAUCAGGUUAAGGAUUCGCUGUUCACGGGCAAAACAGUUGUGCUGCAAAAGACCUCCGCCGGCAAGAUCAAAGUGAAUGAUGCCCAGAUGGUCACCUCGAAUAUACCAGCCACCAAUGGGGUGAUCCAUGCUUUGGAUGGAGUCCUUGCGUGAAGGACUUGAGUCUGCGAUCGGCCACGCUUUGAGAGUGGGCCUUGUUAUUGCAGUGGUUAGUGGUUAAGUUAAUUUUUGAUUGCGUCGACCAAACUUUAGGGGGGAUUUUUUUCAUAAUUAAACACAUGCGCAGCAAAUUGUUUGUGAAAUCUUGCCACAGAAAUCGCGAUCAUAU